CGCGUGCGCCUGCGCUGUGACCUAGACCUGGGACUGGCUUGAUUGUAAACCAUGGCGUGGGUACCAGCCGAGUCUGCAGUGGAAGAGUUGAUGCCCCGGCUGUUGCCAGUGGAGCCCUGCGACUUGACAGAAGGUUUCGAUCCCUCCAUACCCCCGAGGACACCUCAAGAAUACUUGAGGAGGGUCCAGAUUGAAGCCGCUCAAUGUCCAGAUGUUGUGGUAGCUCAAAUUGACCCAAAGAAGUUGAAAAGAAAGCAAAGUGUGAAUAUUUCUCUUUCAGGAUGUCAGCCUGCUCCUGAAGGGUACUCCCCCACACUUCAGUGGCAACAGCAGCAAGUGGCACAAUUUUCAGCUGUUCGACAGAAUGUGAACAGACAUAGAAGCCACUGGAAAUCACAACAGCUGGAUAGUAAUGUGACCAUGCCAAAAUCUGAAGAUGAAGAAGGCUGGAAAAAAUUUUGUUUGGGUGAAAGGUUAUGUUCUGAAGGAGCUCUUGGACCAGCUAAAAAUGAAAGUCCUGGAAUAGAUUAUAUACAAAUUGGCUUCCCCCCCUUGCUUAGUAUUGUUAGCAGAAUGAAUCAGGCAACAGUAACCAGUGUCUUGGAAUAUCUGAAUAAUUGGUUUGGAGAAAGAGACUUUACUCCAGAAUUGGGAAGAUGGCUUUAUGCUUUAUUGGCUUGUCUUGAAAAACCUUUAUUACCUGAGGCUCAUUCACUGAUUCGGCAACUUGCAAGAAGAUGCUCUGAAGUGAGACUCUUAGUGAACAGCGGAGAUGAUGAGAGGGUUCCUGCUUUGAAUUUAUUAAUCUGCUUGGUUAGCAGGUAUUUUGACCAACGCGAUUUAGCCGAUGAGCCAUCCUGAUGCAGCUGAUCUCUCAGGGAUAGAAGAUACUUGUGAUGAAGGCGGCCUGUAUGAGGAACUGCAAUGCCAGUUCAAGUGCAGACUGCAUCAUAGCUUCAACACUACGUAAGGGGUCUUCAUCUUAAUCUGUGCAACUCAAGCUGAUAUGUAGAAGAUAGAGUGUAUGGAUUUGAAUAUCUGAAGUAUCUUUGAUUAAUCCCACCUAAUUUCAGAUGAACAGUUUUGAAGUUUCCUAUAACCACAUACAAAAGUGCAUGAAGAAAUUUUAUGAAUGCCCUUGGUGCUGCUUUAUUUACAUACAUACACAUAAAAUUUUAUUGAAAAUGUGUUUUGGUUACUAAAAUUGUUUGACUUUUGAACAAAGACAAGAAAAGUUCUCAGAAUUAAAAUCAUCUAGAUUAAAUGGCAAAUGUGUUCAUAGCAACAAAAUUAAUUAAACAUUUUCCCUUUACAGUCAAUACUUUCAUUUAAAUGGCUUAUUACACAAAACUUUUAACAUUUUAAAAAAUAUCCUAACAGGUUGACUGCUUUAAUUUUUCUGUCAAGUCUGUUCAUGUAUAAUUUGUAUCUCAGGUAAAACGUUUUCCACUGUAAGUAACAAAAUCCUAGUAGCAAUGGGUCUUCAAAUAGUUUAUUUUUCUCACAUAAUGAGAAGAAUAGAGGGAUGUCUACUGGCAUUGGUCGAACGCAUCCAUGAUACCAUGAUCUCUGAUUCUUUCGGUCUUUCCCUCAUGGCAACAAGAUGGCCACUGCAAGUCAAGGCUAUGGGUCUGUUUUCAAACAGGGUUCUUUCUCAUACAAGCAGAACCUUCUCCAGAUAUCCAUAGCAGAUUUGUGUCUAUCUGUUGGCCACAAGUGUGUAAGAUGACCACCUCUAGUUCCAAGAAAAGUGGAGAAGUCAAAAUGGAAGCCUUUCCAGACUUUCUAAUAGAGGUAGAAAAGGAAAGGGGAAUUAGGAAUAAUUGUGAACCAGGGAACCAAAACUUGUGUCACUAGUUAACAAAUGUAGCAGAUGUAAUUUACAUUUGAAUCUUUCCUGUUAUGUCUUGAGAAGGCUGAUUUUUAAAUGUCAACUUCAUAGUCCAAGUUGUUGUUUUACCAUAAUUUAAGCAUUCUCUCAUUGUUGGAUAUCUGAUCUGUUUUCAGUGUUAAUCCAAUAUAGAAAAUGCUACCAUGAAUGUCUUCGUUGUACAUAACUGUUUGCUUUCGUCAAUGUUCUGAAGAGUAGGGUUGCAACUCAUACGAGUCUUAUAUUAAUAUUGCAUUUGAAAACUGAGGUUUUAAAAAUAAGGAACUUUAUUUCUCAUCUGAUAAUUCUGGUAUAAAUUCAAGGCUGGUGCAACAACUCAUAUAUUUUAAGUGUCCUGGGCUGCACCCCGAUUUCUCUUUCAUAAAUUUUAGUGUGUAGCUUUCAUCUUUUCAGUCAUAAUAUGGUUGCUUUGCUGUUGCCUCACAUCUACAUUCCAGGAAGGAUAAAAAGGCACUUCUUGCCCUGGCUGGUGUGGCUCAGUGGAUCAAGUGCCAGCCUGAGAAGUAUAAGGUCAAAGGUUCAAUUCCCAGUCAGGGAACAUGCCUGGGUUGCAGGCCAGGACCCCAGUAGGGGGCAUGUGAGAGGCAAUCAACUUACUUCUCUAGCACAUCAAUGUUUCCCUCCCUCUCCUUCUCCCUCCCUUCCCCUCUCUCUAAAAAUAAACAAAAACUUUUUUAAAAGCCUCGUCUCUUCUUACAUAUUUCAGGGGAGGAAAGCAUUUUAAGAAACUUGCAACUUACAUUUACCAGAGUUCAGACAUUUUCUAAUUAUAAAGUUGGAAAUAGUAAUUUUUUAGCUGAGCAUAUUGCCACUCCUAUCAAAAAUGGAGUUUGUCAGAAAAGAGGGGAGUGUGGUUAUUGGGUCGGCAGCCAGCAGUGUCUACCAUAGAGUUUAGAUUUGUAACCUAUGCCACAACCAGCUGUGUUACAGCCUCACUUCUUUUUGUUGUUGUUGAUUUGAUACUAGGGGGAGGGGGGCUCCUAGGCAUGGAUUUAAUAGAGGUAAAAUGUCAAUUAUUAUUUUAAGUUAACAUUUCUUUUAUAACUAGUGGCUAAACAUGUAGUUAUAUACACUUCUCACAGAGAAUAAAAUUCCUGAGGACUGGAUAGAAAAAGAAGGCAAUUUUGCAUGUCCUGAAGACAAGUGGGCCCUGGCUGGUGUGGCUCAGUGGACUGAGCACUGGACUGUGAAGCAGAAGCAAAGGGUCCUUGUUUCAAUUCCCAGUCAGGGCACAUGCCUGGGUUGCAGGCCAGGUCCCCAGUGGGGGAUGCGUGGAGCGACCACACAUUGAUGUUUCUCUCACUGUCUUCCUCCCUCCCUUCCUUCCUAAAAAUAAAUAAAAUCUUUAAAAAAUAAAGUCAAGUGGUAUAAGAAAUUAUUUUAAUGUAGUUAUAGCUCUAUCACCUAGCAAGCCGGAGGAUCUUGAAUAGGUAACUGAGAACCCAUUUUUAUAAUGAUUCAGCAUGGCAUAAGGAGGUUUUUCAGGAGUACAGAGACAAAUAAAAGUAAUAGACAUUUUAAGUCACUAAUGUAAUA